AUGAUUGAGCUCUCAGCCAAACUCACCACCGGCAGUGUAUAUUUAGCUGGAGAGGCUUUAGAAUGUCGUAUAUCUUUUUGUCACACAACUCAACCUGAACAUAGAAAAUCACAAAGCCAUAGUGAUAUCCUGGAAAAUUUGGCAUGGGCCUCCGCUCAGAUACAUUGUUUCUUUUCAACAUCAAAAAAUACCACCGACAAAAAUGUUGUUGCAGAAAAAACAACUGCUCUCGAAGUAACCUCAUGUGACAUAGGAGAUGUGGUAUUUCAUACUAAGCCCAAGAUUUUGUUUUGUGACUUAACUAUACCACUUGGAGAAACAAAGACUUUUUUGUAUCGAGAAACCCUGCCAUUAGAAGCACCUCCAUCAUAUAGAGGCACAGCAGUUAAAUACUCCUAUAAGAUCACAAUAGCAACACAGAAAGUCGGAUCCCAUAUCAAAAUGGUCCGACUACCAUUUAGAGUUUUACCUAUCAGUCCUAUUAUGAACUUGCAAGACCUCCCUGCUUUAUGUGAAACUACCGACAUACUUCAACCGACUAGUCCAUUUUCAGAAGGUAGGAAAGUUGAAACUCAUCUGACUAUGGCAUUACAAAUUUUGCAGAAUUUAACAGCCCGAAGAAGUCCAAACUCAUACAUGAUAACCAACGGCAAGGGGAAAGUAGGUCGUUUCUGUUUAUUCAAAUCUGCAUACAGAUUAGGUGAAGAUAUUGUUGGUACAUUUGAUUUCUCUGUAGGAACUAUAACUUGCAUGCAGGUGUCAGUGUCACUACAACCUGAAGAAGUGCUGAAAUCUAAGACGCCUUUAAAGAAUGUCAACAAAGAAACCAGUAGUAGAUCAAUGACAGUUGCAAGGUAUCAUGAGGUCACUCUGGGACUUACACACUCACAGCUUAUCUUACCCAUACCACUACAUAUAACUCCAGCCUUCGAAAUUGAUGAGGUAUCUUUGAAUUGGCGCCUACAUUUUGAAUUUGUGCUAAGCCAAGACAAGCUAUUGCCCAAUCCCGAGGACAAAGAUUGGAAUGCACCACUCAAUGUGCCAAUAGAAACUAUGGUCUGGAAUCUUCCAGUUAAAAUUUACACGACACUUCCCAAACAAAUAGCCCAACAAUUCCAUGGAAAUGACAACUAUACUAUGUUUAUAAAAUAA